CCCUCAUAGCGCUGUCUGCGAUCUCAUUGCUACUUCCUGCGACGCAGUCAUUGGGUGUUUCAUUUAAGCCGACCACAGUUCCCCUGUACUACCGGAAUUACUGAGGUCAACCAGAGUAGGCUCUAUUGGGUUGGUUCAGCCUCGCACGGGUUGAUGGGUUGGCGAAUAUAAAUACCUCUUCGAAAUUCCAGGUUAUCGCCAGUCUGUAUCACCUCUCGGCCGGUAUCUUCCAGGCCCAAGAAUCUGUCAGCGCUCUCAGGCCAAUAUCGUCGUGAGUCUCUCUUUACCCUUAACCAUGUUCAUAUCGACCCUCUAUUCCGAUAUCCUGCUGCUAUCAAUCCUGUUUCUGUGGAAGUUCGGACCCCACCUGGGCUUGUUCUUGAAGAAUCUGAGCCCGUUCCCACAGAGCCCCCUGCUGAAGAAGAAUUCGAGCAGUGGACCAUUCCCCAAGCAUCUCCUAAUACUGAAGGCUGGCCUGCUGCUUCUUUUCCCAAUCACGAAAUACUACCCAAGGCUCUUGAUCAAGCACAAGCCCAAGGUCAUAUAGCGAGAAUUUCAUGCGCAGACUUAGUGCUGUACCAGAAUUGGGAAAGUCUGUCCUCGAAACUUAAAAAGAAAAGAACUAUCGAACUUGCGUCAAGGGGUAUUCCAAUUCCAAGUGAAUGUGGUUUUAUUUCUAUAGUUGCAAUUCGAGAAUUACUUGGCGCGACUUGAAUCGAACAAUUAAAUAUCCGACUGCGUAUUCCUAGAUUCAUAAAAUACAGUUAGACUCGAUAUUU